AUGGCUGAUGUCAGUGCAGAAAAAGGCAAGGACGCGGUCGCCCUUCUCCGGCGGCCGCGACACGAGCCGGGCAAAACAGCUCUCCCUCAGAAAGGACGCCGCCCCGAGCCCCGCAGCUCGCGCAAGGCCGCGCCGGAAACACCGCGCGCUCGGCGGAAGCGCCCCAGUUUGAAAGCCGCCGCCGCCGCCCCGGGCCACAAAGGCCGCCCGCCAGCCUCGCGCCCGGCCGGGCUCACCUCGUCCCCGGUCGCCCAGCUCACCGCGCCGCUCCGCCGGGCUGCACUCACGCGGCCGCACGCACGGCGGGGGCGUGGCGCUGCGGGGAUCCGGGCCGCUCGCUUCCGCCCCCGCUUCCGCUUCCUCGCGCCUCCUGGGCUGGGCCGUCACGGCCUGCCGCCCGCGCCAGUGCCCGCGCCCGCUCCAGCAGCGGCUCUGCGGGCUCCCGGGUGCCCGCGGCUGGACCCCGCCUUCAUCUGGCUCACCGCGCCCUUUUCCUCUGCCCCACCGGAAAGCCAAAACAAUCGGAGCCGCGCAGGCGCGGGAAGGAAACGGAAAGCAGGAAGGGCGGAGGCGGCGCGAGGUGACGCUGGCGUCUGGGUCCGGGCUUCCCGGGCUGCUAAGGCGCGUGCGCGUAGCAGAGCGGGGUCGCGCCGGCCACCCAUCCUCAGGGAUGGCCUAGAAAAAUCAGUUCCCAAAGUUCUAUUCAGCGGCACUUGGACUUCUGUGCAGCCGCAGUUGUUCGUGUUUGAGGUGUCCACCCGAGAUACAGACAUUUGCAGGCUGGGCCAGAGUGGGGGCCAGCACUGCACCCCGGGAAGCUGAAGUUAGGGGAGGAGGACAUUGGACCGUUUGCUAUAUGGGCUGCUUUCCUUAGUUCCAGCCUCCAUCGCUUUCAGAAGUUCCGCUUGCUAAGGCCUUGGAAGUAUUGGCACCAUCGAGAUAACCCGCAGUUUGGAAGCGAAUGGGUGCAGAGGACGGUCUCCACAAAUGAUGCCUCCAGCCAGUUUUUACUGCAAUGCAGCAGACACCCUCCAUGCCCCAGAUUUCAAAGCAAAGCCUUGAAGUAGCAAGUGCCUGUGGUCUGCGAGACUUGUUGGCAAGCAAAAAUGUUAUAGAUUUGCCUAAAGAUACAUGUAACGAAAACGAAACAAAAAACGUUCAGAAUUGCCUACUUCCUAACUUCAACUGUUAGAACAAGUCCAGU